AAGUUUCCCAGUCCCCCAAAAAUUCUAGGUUACGUCUAAGACCCGACUCACGUGUUCGUUCAGUCAACGCGUGUGAAACAAAGUGACAAAGUGCCCCAACUCUCAAGCCCCCACCCCUCCAAACCAAACCCCUAAAACAAUUCCCCCAAAAGAAUGUAAACCUCCCCAAAAAUGGGCAAAAAAGGCUACAACUGGCGGGCGCGAAGUGCCCCGCAGAUAGAAAUCGAGACAAAAUCCACAAAGAAAAUUGCCAUCGACAUAGACCACGGGAAGGAGACCUACGACGAGUGCAACACCCUAGUGCUCCCCAGCAAAAAACGAAGGACAAUCAAACGAGACAAAAAAUCCCAGAGCGUGAAGCUCCUCUCGAAGAAGCACCGCAAGCACCUGGAGAAGGUGCUCGAGCGAAAAGAGAAGAAAGUUCGCAGAGCGACUCUCCUGGAGGGCCUAGCGCAGGUCCAGGCGACCCCGGAAGAGCUAAAACAGUACGUCUCGAUCACCUCAGUGCAGACGAAAGGGCUGAAACGUCAGCGAGAGGAGGACGAGUCAUCCCAGAGGCCAAAACACCUGGAGAACACCGACAACGAUGACGAAACAGAGGAGACAAUCAAUGCGAUCAGAGGCAGCAAGAAGCAGAGGUUGCAAGCUCUGAGUGAAGAAUCAUCGUCACAGGGGGCUUCAGACCCUAACGUCGUCGGUUACGAGGAAUCAGCGAGUGAGGACGAGGUCUCGAGUGAAGAAAAUGAAGAGAGUGAUAAAGAAGAUGAUGAAGAGACCUCUGGAGUGCCUCAAGUUGUUGAAAACUCCAGGGAGUCGUCUUCAAGAGCUCCAGGAGACACUGCAACAGGAAUAGCCCCAAAGUCUCCAGAAAAGUCUGAAAAACCUCUUGAUCGUAAGCCUGCUGUCUUCGUCGCCCUGAACCGCCUCCCAGAGAUCCAGAAAGCCAGACUGAAGCUGCCAGUCCUGGCCGAAGAGCAGAUGAUAGUCGAGGCUAUAAACGAUAAUCCAGUGGUGAUAAUCACCGGUGAGACUGGCAGUGGCAAGACCACCCAAGUGCCCCAGUUCCUCUACGAGGCUGGCUACGCCAGGAGCAAAAUCAUCGGUGUCACUGAGCCCAGGAGGGUAGCUGCCAUCUCCAUGUCCAAGCGAGUCGCCGAGGAGAUGAAUCUGCCGACCUCAGAGGUCUCGUAUCUCAUUCGUUUCGAGGGGAACACAACGGACGAUACGAGGAUUAAAUUCAUGACUGAUGGGGUGCUGCUGAAGGAAGUCCAGUCAGACUUCCUGUUGAGCAAGUACUCGGUGAUCAUUCUGGAUGAGGCUCAUGAGAGGAGUGUCUACACGGAUAUUCUGAUAGGUUUGCUGUCGAGGAUCGUGCCGAUGAGGGCGAGGAGGAACGAUCCACUCAAGCUGAUUGUGAUGUCAGCUACUCUGAGGGUCGAGGACUUCGUGGAGAACUCGAGGCUUUUCAAGGUCAAACCACCGCUGGUCAGAGUCGAGUCCAGGCAGUUUCCGGUUACCAUUCAUUUUAACAGAAGGACUAGUCAUAAUUAUGUGGUGGAUUGUAUUAAGAAAGCUGUGAAGAUUCAUACGACUCUGCCCGAGGGGGGGAUUCUGAUUUUUCUUACUGGGCAGCAGGAGGUUAAUACUGUUGUGAGGAGGCUGAGGAAGGCUUUUCCGCAUAGGAAGAGAGCUUGGGAGAAGGGGAAUAAGGGGGAGGGGAGUGGGAAGGAGAAUGGGAACAGGCACAGGUCCGAGGAGAAAGAAUUCGCGGAUGGUGACGCCAAUGAAGAUUCAGGGGAUGGAGCAGAGUUGAAGACUAGGAAAGUUUUGGAAGAGAAGAAGAAGAGGGGAAAAUGUGGGAAUGGAGGGGACGAGGGAAUUAAUCCUGAAAAAUCGUCGAAGCUUCCGAAGAAUGGAGAAGAUGUCAAGUCCAAGAAAUCUUCAAUAUUCAAGAAGAAACACUCCACGGGAGAUGAAGACGACAGUGAAAAUUCAGGGGAUGGAACAGAGUUGAAUCCUAAGAAAGUUUUGAAACAGAAGAAGAAAAAGAAAAAAUCUAGGAAUGAAGUGGAAGAGGGAAUGAAUCCUGGAAAAUCCUCGAAGCUUUCGAACACUGAAGAAGAUGAAGAGGACGUCAAUUCCAAAAUUGAGACAUCAGAGGAGGGAACAGACUCUGACGAAGACUUUCACCCCAAGACCGCCCUGAGCCGUCUCAGGCAUAAGUUGAAGUCGCUUCCAAAGGAUCUGCCCACCAUAAACCUAGACAACUACUCGGCCACCCCCACGGACGACACCCAGGAGGACCUCUUCUCCGAGGACGACGAUGACCCUGACGUUCAGCUGGAUGAGGACGAGGAGGACGACGAUUUUGUUCUGGAACUGCACGAUGUCUCUACGUCGCAGCCCCUCUGGGUCCUGCCUCUGUACUCUCUUCUGCCGGCUCACAAGCAGGUCAGAGUCUUCCAGAAGGUCCCAGAGGGCUGCAGACUCUGCGUUGUAUCGACGAACGUUGCUGAGACGUCGCUGACCAUUCCCAACAUCAAGUACGUGGUCGACAGUGGCCGCUGCAAGACCAGGAUGUACGAUAAAGUCACUGGGGUGAGCACCUUCAAGGUGACUUACACCAGCCAGGCUGGGGCCAAUCAGCGAGCCGGGAGGGCUGGGAGGAUGGGCCCUGGCCACUGCUAUCGACUCUACUCCUCAGCGGUUUUCAAUGAUCAGUUUGAGAAGUUUUCGGUGCCUGAGAUUCAGAGGAAACCGGUGGAUGAUCUGGUGCUGCAGAUGAAGGUCAUGAACAUUGUGAAGGUGGUGAAUUUUCCGUUUCCCUCUCCUCCUGAUGCGACUCAGCUGAUAACUGCGGAGAAACGACUGAGGAUUCUGGGGGCUCUCGAGGAUCACCCGACUAAUGUCAAGGAUUAUUCAGCUAAAGUUACGAAACUUGGAAGGAGCAUCUCAGCAUUCCCUGUGGCUCCGCGGUUUGGGAAGAUGCUGGCUAUUUCUCAACAGGAGAAUCUUCUCAAAUUCACUAUUUGCAUGGUAUCGGCACUAUCCGUUCAGGAGCUUUUGAUCGACGGCAGAAUAGGGAAGAACAUGGAAGGAUCGGAGGACAAAACCCCAGCCAAGAAAUGGCAGCAAACGAGAAGAUUCUGGGCAGGCACCGGCAACAGUCUCCUCCUGGGUGACCCCAUGGUCCUGAUCAGAGCCAUUGGAGCUGCCGAGUACUCCGAGGCCAGUGGAGGACUUCCAAAGUUCUGCGCAGACAACGGUUUGCGGCCGAAAGCCAUAGCCGAAGUGAAAAAGCUUCGGCAUCAGCUCACGAACGAAAUCUCCCUGAACAUUCCCUCGUUGCAGGUCGUCAUUGACCCCAACAUGUCACCGCCCACAGAUACUGAAGCCAAACAGCUGCGGCAGAUUGUCCUGGCGGGGAUGGCGGACCAGGUCGCGAGGAAAAUGUCCCCAGAUGAGAUCAAGGAAGAGGAGGACAAGUCCAAGUUCAGAUUUGCCUACAAGACGAUGGAGAUGGAGGAGCCUGUGUUCAUGCACUUGAACUGCGUCCUGAGGAGGAGUGCUCCUGAGUGGGUGGUGUACCAGGAGAUCUACGAGACGAACAAGAUCUACAUGAGGGGAGUGACUGCCAUCGAGCCUGAGUGGCUGCCCAAGUUCGUUCCUGGAUUGUGCAGGAUGGGGGAGCCCAUGGUGGAUCCUGCCCCCAGGUGGGACGACGAGAGUGGAAAGGUCAUGUGUCACUUGAGUGGAAGCUUUGGGAGGGCUGGGUGGGAACUGCCUGCCAUGGAGGUGGAGUUCCCUGCGGGGGUGGAGGGCGUCAGGUGGUUUGCAAGGUUCCUGCUGGAGGGGAAGGUCUGUGGGAAGCUGAAGAGGUUCGUCAAGGUUCUGCUGUCGAAUCCCAGUAGUGUCAAUAAAUCCUGGGCCAAGCUGUUGCCCAGGACCGAGGGGUUGACCAGGAGUUUGUUAGGGAGGGGGAUCAUGAGCAGGGAGAGGCUGCUGGAGGUCUGGGGGGAGGACAGGGGCUUUUUGCUGGAGAGUUACAAGAAGUGGGUGCCUGAGGCUGCUCAUGCGGAGGUCUGUGCAAUGUGGCCUCCUGUGUGAUUGGGGUUUUUCGAACUGGUGAUGUCGAGAGAGUGAAUGAGGACGGUUUGAGUAAAAUAGGCUUCUUGAUGAUUCUGCAAUUCUCUGUUACUUGGAUAAUGAAGGGAUCAUUAGUCAAUUUUGUAAUUAAUAAAAAUUCAAUAUAUGACACUUCGCGAUUCAUUAUGGAAUUGCCUCGGGAAGAUUGGAUAAAUUGUCAUCACUCGAAAUCUACUGAUGAAUUAUCAUUUUUAUUCUUUCAUUAAAAGAAGAAUUGAAUGUACAAUUGCUUUAGUCUAUUGUAUUUAUAAACAAAUUAGAGGAGUCAUUUCAGGGAAAUAAUGUGUGCGGUACUGAAGACUAGAGUUAAAAGUGACUCAAUGAAUCAUAAUCCAACAGUUUGUAGUUUUUUGGUUUGAGCGCAUGAAUCGUCACUAAUUAAUGAUGAAUCUGUCAAUGUGAAAUUGAUGAAAAUCAUGUGUCGUCAUUCACAUUGUGAAUAUAAAUAAAUGCCUAUAAUGUAUAGAA